ACAGGUAGCAUACAGUAAAGACAGUCAAAUAGCGAAUAGAGAGGGCUAUCGCAAUAUCUGUGGUAGAUUUCGUACAAGUGGGUCUGACUAUUGACAGGUCUGUUUCAAUUGGAGUUAGUUUCAAUUGGAGUUAACCGUAUAACUAUAAUAGUAUUAUAAUUGCUCUCUUGGAUUUCUAAGCGGUAGCUUUCAUUGGGCAGAGCAAGUGUUAUGAUCUUUUAUUAUUCUGUUUUGUUUUUCGAAAAAGAGUGCAAAAAGAUAACAUAAAAAUAUUUUGAGCUGCAAGGAAUAUUUUACAAUAACUUCAUGAUAGAGAUUAAAAUUUUCAAGUUUUACUGUUUAGUUUGAUAACAUUUUUUGAGUGUAAAAAUGAUGGAUAAAAUGGUAAUGUGAAAUGAUAGUUUAAUAACAUGAGGAUGUUAUAGUCGAGACUCGGAAUACGAUACCCAGUGUAAGAAUAAUGCUGUAAUAAAAUUUGAUAAACUGAUGGAAAGUGGCUUACUAUAGAAAGUUUUGUUCUGUUGGUGAAGAAGGAACUGAUUUAUUUGUUAUCCGGGUGAUAACUUGUGAAGAUUGUGUUAAUUACCCAAGAAUAGGAAUACCUCUUAUUUUUGUGGAUAUUAAAGUACAUUUCCUGAUUUUGGAUAUAUUAAAUAUAUUGGUUGACGUUGGUCCACCAUGUUGGACGAGCUGUUACGGCAUGUGCGCUGUGUCGCGUGCGGCUACAUCAUCACAGCUACCACCCUUUCACUUGCUUUCGCAGAGUCUGGAUGCUCAAGACAAGCGUCUGAUGCGGGAUUUCCUGAUACUCGUAUGGCCGCGUGUUUCGGUCGCUGGCAGGGGCAUGUCAAAUUUUCCACAGAGUUAUGUGCCGCUGGCUGGGAUGUGUGUAGCUGGGAUGUGGACAGUUCGGUACUUGGGAAGGUAUCAUGGAAUGUGGCACUCUCCGUGGAUGGCUGUUUUGCGUAUAAUGCGGCGCAAGACGGGGGCAGAUGUCGUGAAUGUCAGUCGGAGCUAGACCAGGACGACCUUGCUGGGAUGGGUAGAGGCUGUCCUCACCAGCACAUCAGCCAGGGCUCAUGUAUUAGUGGGGGGCGUAUUGAUGCAAGUUGCUGUGUGGACUCCCACAUCAGCAUCAACACAGCAUGUCAGCAGCAGCCCUGGAUAGACGGGGUCAUGUGCUGCAAACAGUCAGCAAAGCGGCCCCACAUCAUUGUGCCACCCCCGGGAAGACUAGAGGUCAAUGUGGGUCGUAUAUUCAUGCUCACGUGUCAGGCCGAAGGGGUCCCAUCUCCCAGAGUGCAGUGGUACAAGGAUGGCGCCAAACUACCCAAUGAACGCCAUUCACGCGUGUCCACUCUACUCUCUGGAGACUUACUGGUGACUCUGUCCAAACAUUCAGACUCUGGUCAAUACACAUGUGAGGUGAUCAACGAGGAAGGAAUUGACAUCGCGCACACACAGGUCUUCGUUAAAGAUCAUGAUUCUGGUUGCCGUGACGACACCACAGAUGGACUUCUUAUGCACAGAGACAUACACGCCUGUCAAGGACAGUGGAAGGGUCACGUUAAAGAAGGGGAGUCACUCUGUAAGCGUGGCUGGCGGGUGUGUAACCACCAUGACAAAGAGAGGCUUAAAGACUUAAGCUGGCUUGAUAUACUCGACAUGGACGGUUGUUUCGCAUAUAAUGUGGCAAACACAAAGAAUGGGAAGUGUAAAAGAUGUCGUGCAGGUGAAGGUCGUUUGGCAGGGGUGGGGAGGGAAUGUGGGCGUGUGCGUUACUCACGCCCCUCGUGUCUCUCCCAGGGCCGCAUAGACGUAUAUCGAGGUCGAGAUGUGAAAAAUUCUGAUGACAGCUGUUCGUAUGCCGAGGGUCACACUACCGGCGUGCUGUGUUGUAAGAGGGACAAAAAUUAUAGACAUGCAAAAAAGAAAGACAGAUCGAAAAACGAGAUAACUACUUAUGAGAGACCCCACUGUUCACUUGGUUGUGAGAACGGGGGACAAUGUGUUGGCUACAAUGUCUGCAUGUGUCCCGUUGGCUACAAGGGAGCCAUGUGUCAGAAUGCUGUAUGUCCCAGUGGUUGUGGGCGCCGGGCAAGGUGUGUCCGUCCAGGUGUAUGUGAGUGUAUACAGCCAUACAGUGGUAAAAACUGCUCGGAGAAGCCCAUCGAGACACGGUGUAAGCUUCAGUGUCUAAAUGGGGGACAAUGUAGGCGGGGCGCAUGUAAAUGUCCGCCACACUAUUCUGGCUCAAGAUGUCAGACUUUUACUCCCACAUGGAAGCACCACACAUUGUUAUCAAAACAGAAUCGAACGGAAAGAUGAAUGCCAAUUCUACGCCUAACAUAAUUGUGUCCCGAUGUAAUCUCUACUCAUAAAACUAGCAUUCUAUGUAAAUUUAGCAUUUUAUCCAUGUAAUUAAUCUUUUAUGUUAUUGUUGUGUUUAAGCUGUACAUGUUCAUGGCUGUAGUGUUACAUGUACCAUAUAAUGAUGCGCAACAGUUGACAAAAUUUAACUGUUUACGAGGAUUGGCUGACAGAAUUUUAUCGGAAUUUUAACAGGAUUUUAGCUGUUUUAGUUGCUUUUUUCUCUAAUGCUUGUCUGGAAAAAUAACACCAAGCUACAGUUGUGAUUACUUGUUCAAACAUAGUGAAUUUCACAGACAAUAUGGUAGGGAGCCUCUGUAGCACCUUGGAACUAUUUCCUUUUUACUCCAAUGAAAGUAGUUGCCUACUAUUAAUGGAAUGCUUGUUACUGAAUUAGAAAGAACUUUUGCAUUCGCUAACACUCUAGCUAAUGUUUUUCUGUCCAUUUUUAAAUAAAAGUUAUUGACUUUGAUCGUUUUAUGUCUUAUUCGAUGCAUUAAAUACUCUUGUUAUGUAAGUUCCCAGGUUAUGGAGAUUAUCUUGUUGUGUAUAUAUUGUUAUGUGUUCGUACUUUGUUGUAAAUAAUUUGCUUUGAUGGUUUGUAUAUAUUGUAAAUAGAAAUUAUUUAUAGAGCUGUAAAUUUGAGACAUUUGAUGUAUAAUAGUUAUUGCAAAUUGUUAUAUGUGUAUGGCAUUUAUUGAGUAUUGGGUACAUUUAUACAUGUUAUACAGUGGUAUUUUAAUUUUUGCAUAUUCUUUAUUUCAUGAUAUUUGAAUAUUCAGUACAUGUAUACUAUUCAAAAUGGUGACUUUACGUGACAAUUUGUCAUCUUGUUUGGAGCUAUAAUAAACAUAGUACAUUUUACUGAAUUUCUAAAGUUAAAAAAAUCCUAAACCUUUGAUCAAGAUAUUGUCUGACAGAUAAAAAUAAAACAAAUUAGCUCAUCUUUUUUUGAAAAAUGUGCAAAAACUUGGCCAUAACUUAAAAAAUGUUGAAGACGUUAAAAUGAAACUUGGUACGAGCCUUGCCAUAGACAAUUAGCACAUUUACAGCAAGGCCAACAACUCUUGUCUGUAAUAAUUGUUGAGUUAUGUCCCUUGUUAGACUUAAAAUACAAGAACAAACAAGCUUUGGGGUUUGUUCUGCGGCACUCUUGUUCGCACAUAUUAUGUAACCAUGCAGAAAACACACAACACUGUAUUUGUUUCAUAUCAUCAUGAUUAUGAUGUUUGUAUUUUGUCCUGUAUGCAAGAAAUGCUAACUACCUCAAAAUACACAGGGCUUUGGUUUACGAUUAAUAGAUGCAUGCCAUUGUGGUUGUUUGAAAGUUUCUAGCUCUUUUUUUAGUUAUAUAUAAAAAAAUAAUCAUGGCCAUCUAUUGAUUUGGUGUGAUUUUUAUAUAUAGUUCAUCCGAUACAUUGAUACGGAACAAAGAAUUUUUAAUGUCAAUAAGAAUCUAUGAAUUAAAAGUGUAAAGAUAAAGAAUAUGCAGCUUUGUUGACAUCAACUCUGUCUCUGGUACCAUUUCAUACAAUUAUAAUUUUUUUAUAAGAAAAAAUAUAAUUCAUAGUUUCAUGCAUACACGUUUAUCAAACUGAAGUUUUUAUCCUACUUUAAUAAUUAUGUACACAUUAUUUCAUUGAAUUCAUUUAGUGUUUAAGAUCUACUGCAACUGCAUGUUGGUGGCAUAUUUUUUGCAUAACAAACAUGCAUCCUCAUUCAGAUAGUGAAAUACCAAAUUGUCUUUUUUUUGUUCAUCUAAUUUGUAUUAUAUGUCAGUCAGUUCAAAUGUUUUUGUAUAUUCUCGUUGAUCCAUUUUUCAAACUUCAUGACAGCAUAGAAUUUUACAAGUAAAUUUUUUUUAUGCUUACAUUAGCUUUGGCGCGCCAGUAAAAUGUCUUCUACAUGUUAAUGAAUUGCCAUUAACUCUGAUGCUAUUUUUAGCUCGUCUUUUUUUUCAAAGAAAAAAAUAUAGAUUGAUUGUGAUAGCUUUGGUGUCAUUGUUUGUGGCAUAAUGCAGAAGCUUUAUCAUUGGCCAUAACUCAAAAAAGUUCAGAAUGAAACUUGGUACAAGUGUUGCUAGAGGCAAUACACACAAGUAUAGUAAGACCUAUAGCUGUGGCAUUUAAUGUUAUCAAGCUAUGCCGCUAUUUUGAAUGAAAAAAUCUGAGUGUUGCUAUUCGUUCCACAGCGAUCUUGUUUUAAAAGCUGUAUCCAUAUUCAUGAUUUUGACUUCUUUGUUUUAUGUACUUGCAAUAGAUUUGUGCUUUUGUUUCGUUAUGUUGAAUUGAAAUGUUACUUUAAUAAAUUGUUUACCUAUAAUAACUUACAGUUUUAUGUUAAUCAUCUUCUUUAUCUUUGAACCAUAGUGGUUUACUACAUGAUUAACAAAUGUAUUCCUCAUACAUGUUGACUGGUUAUUAAGUAUUGAAGUUGAGUAGUUGGUUAUGUAUAAGUUGUAUAUGAUCACAUGCACUUACAAGUUAUGAAAUCCUUGUUUGUUAUGUAUUUUUUUAAAGUGAAUAAAUAUUUCAAUACAU